UACUUGUUUUUCCUGCGUCCCACUGUUCACCCAUGAGUAAACCUAUUCCCAGGUAUAAUAGUUUUCUAAUGAAGGUACCCUCCCCAGGGAGAUAACAUUUACAGUUGUUAUAAUGCUCCUUUGGGUCAAUACCACUUCCCCGUAGAUAACACCGUGCACAGAUGCUCACUCCAAUUUCGAAUUAGUGUGUUUGUCCAUGAGCCCUUUGCAAAAGUGCAAACAUGAUUUGCUUUUGAACCAAGGCACUUUGUGCAGCUUGUCUUUAUUGACUCAGUUAUAUAGCAGCAGCUUGUUGUGCACCACUGGUGCGUCAGAAGAUGAAUAUCUCUCAUUCAGAGGUCUGCUGUGCCUUUGAAUCGCCCAUCCUGAACCAGGUUUUGCCUCCGGUUCUCAUCUUGGAGUUUGUGUUUGGAUUAAUGGGAAACGUUUUGGCUCUGGGGAUGUUCAUCUUCUACAUGGACACAUGGAAGCCCAACUCCGUGUACCUCACUCAUCUAGCUGUUGCCGACUCAGUCGUACUGUUCUGCUUGCCCUUCAGGGCAGAUUACUACAGGCGUGGGAAAAACUGGAUUUAUGGCGAUGUCCCGUGCCGUAUCCUUCUUUUUCUGCUGGCCUCUAACCGGGCAGCGGGGAUCUUCUUCCUCACAGCUGUGGCUGUCGACCGUUACUUCAAGAUCGUCCACCCACAGAACCCUAUAAACCGCCUAGGCCUGGGCUAUGCUCUGUGGGUCUCCCUCGGCCUUUGGGGGCUGAUUGUUCUUGCAACCGGAUAUCUUCUUGCUAAUGAGCACUUUUACUACAAUAGCAACCGCACACAGUGUGAGAGUUUCAACAUCUGCAUGGACUUCACCCCCUUGUCCACCUGGCACAACGCUUUUUAUGUCAUCCAGUUUUUCCUGCCCGCUGCCAUCGUGGCGUUUUGCACCAUCAGCAUUACCUGGCAGCUGAGAAAUAGGGCUUUGGAUAAGAAGGGGAAAAUCAAACGUGCCGUUCAGUUUGUCUCUGCGGUGGCCCUAAUCUUCAUUACCUGCUUCUUCCCCAGCACCAUAUCUCGCAUCGCGGUGUGGAUCCUGAAGGUUUGGUAUGACGAAUGCAGACAUUUUGAAAAGGCCAACCUGGCAUUCUACACAACGGUCUGUUUCACCUACUUCAACAGCGUCCUCAACCCUCUCGUGUAUUACUUCUCCAGCCCGGCAUUCAGCGGCACCUUCCGGAAGGUUCUGAACAAAUUGCUGGGAAGAAGCGACGACAAAGAUCCAACACAGCCGUCCGACAGUAACAUUUCCACCGUCCAUGGUGACGGAAUCUAAAGCCACCUGAUGAGUGAACAGCGAUGCCUGAAAACAUCUUUUCUAGGUUUCUAGCUGCAAUAAAAAGGAGAAAGGCUUAUGAACAAAGUAGUGAUUGUGAUGUAAAUGUAGACAAUAAGCAGCGUCAAUAAGAAUAAAACGCGAAGCAAUUCAUGGAAUACUAGACAAUAAAAUUCAAAUUAAACUUCGGGUUUUCUUCUCUAGUUCUUGGGUGAAAGUAAUUUACUCCAUUCAACGUCGGUGAAGUUUAAAAAGGAGCGGCUCAAUAAGUUACAACCAACACACAUGACCUGUAAAGUUUAGAUGAGUAUGAAGCUCAUGGAUAAAUUCAGAUGUUUACUUGAUUUCAAGAAAUAUGAGGCGUUUUUUCCAGCUUUCAUAAACAUCAUGGUGACCGGGUUUCUACAAGGUCUUAAAAAAGCUCAAAUUAAAAUUUUUGCUCUUCAAAAAAAAAAAAAAAAAACUCAAACACGCUCA